AGAGCAGACAUGUAAACAAAUGGCGUGUACAAGAAAGAUAUUGGAGGUUAUCAAGAGAAAACUAAUACCUAAUUAUGGAAAACAGCGUUUUCAUACAAUUUCAAAAACAUUUGCAGAAGUAAAUCAAGAAGAAGCUUCAUCAAAAGAAACCCAUUUUGGUUUUGAAACUGUAAAAGAAACCGAGAAAGCGGAGAAAGUGUAUUCAGUAUUUGAGACUGUGGCCAGCAAAUAUGAUGCGAUGAAUGAUGCAAUGAGUUUUGGUAUUCAUCGCAUCUGGAAAGACAUUUUCAUUCAGAGACUGAGUCCCACAGCAAACACACAUUUGUUAGACGUCGCCGGAGGCACAGGUGAUAUUGCAUUCAGGUUCCUAAAAUAUCUGAAUGUGGCAGGAAACUUGAGUGGCAGUGUAACAGUGUGUGACAUAAAUAAUGUUAUGUUGGAUGUAGGCCGAUCACGGGCCGAAAAAUUGGGCAUCAAUGGUAAACAGAUCAGCUGGCUUCAAGGUGAUGCAGAAAACCUUCCAGUUGAUGAUGCUUCAUUCAGUGCAUAUACAAUCGCUUUUGGCAUUAGAAAUGUGACACACAUAGACAAAGUGCUGGAGGAGGCAUACAGGGUGCUGAGGCCAGGAGGGAGAUUCAUGUGUCUGGAGUUCAGUCAACUGAACAACAGGAUGUUGCAGUGGAUGUAUGAUCAGUACUCCUUCCAAGUGAUUCCUGUUAUGGGACAACUUAUCGCUGGACAGUGGAAACCUUACCAAUACCUGGUUGAAAGUAUACGUCAGUUUCCCAAUCAGGAAGAUUUCAAAUAUAUGGUCGAGGAUGCUGGAUUUCGUCACGUUAGCUAUGAGAAUCUUUCAUUUGGUGUUGUGGCUAUCCACUCAGGGUUUAAGCUUUAACAUGCCUCCAGAGCUGCAGAUAUCUUACUCUCUACAAGUAUAUUUGUAGACAAAAAUUGAACAUACAUAAAUGAUUCAUCAUUGUAUGUUUAAAGUUAGUUGGCAAUGGUGUGGAACACUGUUUAAGUCCAUUUAUUUAAACUCUGUCCAUAGUCUGUUUUUAAAUAAACAACAUUUCAGAAAUGGGUUCUGUUUCCAUCUUCGGGUGGAGAGGAUAUGAAAAUAUUCUGACUGCUCUCCAACAAGGACAAGGCAAGGCAAGUGAUUAGUAGAACUGGCCAACCUCCACUAGUAUAGUGUUCAUUUAGGGAUACAUCACUUCAUUGUGCCAAGGGCGAUGGUAAAAGUCAUCCCAAAUAAUGCUGAUAUUUUUAGAUUUGCCUCGCCUUCUCUUUACUAGAAGAUACUGCAGCACUCUGUUGGUUGAGCUAUAUAUCCAAAAUUAGCUGGCCACAGGUGUCCACACCAAGAAAGAAACAGAAGCCAUUUCCAAAAGAUAUCAUAAUUUUGUUUCAAUGGAAUGCGUGACUUGUGGAUGCCUUGUAAUCAGUGUUAAUUUGAUGUAAUUGCAAGUAUUGUAAUAAAACCAAAUGAGGAUGUGUGAA